AUGCAUAUCUCACUUCACUGUGCGUGUCUAAUUUGUGACAAGAAAAGCAGAAGGAAAGAUGGGUCCGAGGAGAUUAAAAGAAACCCAUCAGACGUUAGAAAUUCGCAAGAAAAUAAGCUCAGAACUGCUCUUCAACAAGCAUCUGAUCAUGGGUCUCUUGUUAAACCCAAAAAUCUGAAUGAUUCAGAGGCUGCUGACAUGGAAGACAGGAGUUUGGGAAGAUCAAGAUCACUAGCAAGACUACAAGCUCAAAAAGAGUUCCUAAAAGCAACUUCUCUAGCUGCAGAUACAACAUUUGAGACCCAGGAUUCCAUUACCAAUCUUGAUGAAGCUUUCUUAAAGUUCCUAACCAUGUACCCAAAAUACAAAUCUUCCGAGAAGAUCGAUCAGUUGAGGGUUGAUGAGUAUUCACACUUGGCUGAUAACGAUUCCAAGGUGUGUCUUGAUUAUUGUGGAUUUGGGUUGUUUUCAUUUCAUCAAGUCAUUCAUUAUUUGGAAUCUUGUGCAAUUAACUUGUCCCCAAUAACCUCAAAUUUGAACAAUCAUGCACUCUAUGGUGGUAGGGAGAAAGGUACAGUUGAAUAUGAUAUAAGGACUAGAAUCAUGGAUUACUUGAACAUCCCUGAAAGUGAAUAUGGUCUUGUGUUUACAGUUAGUAGAGGUUCAGCUUUCCGACUUCUAGCUGAAUCAUACCCUUUUCGUACUAACAAGAAGUUAUUGACAAUGUUCGAUCACGAAAGCCAGUCGGUGAAUUGGAUGGCUCAGAGUGCUAAAGAUAAAGGUGCCAAGGUUCACAGCGCUUGGUUUAAAUGGCCUACACUUAAACCCUGUUCGACCCAUCUCAAGAAACAGAUUUUAAACAAGAAAAGAAGAAAGAAAGAUUCAUCUACUGGCCUUUUCGUGUUUCCGGUUCAAUCAAGAGUCACUGGUGCCAAGUAUUCGUACCAAUGGAUGGCAUUCGCUCAACAGAAUAAUUGGCAUGUGUUGCUUGAUGCAGGUGCAUUGGGUCCGAAAGACAUGGAUUCACUCGGGUUAUCUCUUUUUCGGCCUGAUUUUAUCAUUACGUCGUUUUAUAGAGUUUUCGGGUUCGACCCAACUGGAUUCGGGUGUCUUCUGAUCAAGAAAUCGGUGAUCAGAAGUCUUCAGAAUCAAUCUGGUCAUGCUGGUUCCGGUAUAGUGAAGAUCAGUCCAGUCAUUCCUUCGUACUCGAGUGAUUCCAUGGCUGGAUUUCCUCAAUCGGGCAGGACCCAAGAUGAUGAAGUUGACGGAAAAGAUGAAGUAAUACCUGAAAACCAUACCGGAAUUCAACUACCAGCUUUUUCCGGCGCAUUCACUCCUUCUGAAGUUAGGGAUGUAUAUGAAACCGAAAUGGAACAUGGUAACAGCACUGACAGAGAUGGUGGCAGUCCUGUUUUUGAAGAAAACGAAAUAUUUUCAGACGUCUUGAAGAGUCCCGUUUUUACUGAAGAAGAAUCACCUGAAGACUCGAUGUGGAUUGAUUUAGGACAGAGUCCAUUUGGAUCGCAACCUGUGUUGGCAGGCUCGCAUUUACCACCACCCCCUUGGUUUACACGCAAGAAUAGAAACAACAGAAAGUUCGAUCCACAGCCUCAUGAAAGCAAGAUUCUGUCAUUCAACAAUGCCAAGAACGUAAACAAAAUUGAAGUGAAAGCUCAAGAUAGUCCAGAAAUACAGGAAGAAUCCGAAAUCGAGAGUUCUGCCAUUCGAAGAGAAACAGAAGGCGAGUUUAGGUUACAGGGAAGACGGGUAUCAUUCGAUCUCAACGAUAACCAUGAUUACAUCACUGACGAAGAAUAUCAAGAAUCCGGCGAUAGGGAAGAACCCGAAGUCAUAUGCAGGCAUCUUGAUCAUGUAAACAUGUUGGGUCUGAGCAAGACCACAUUCAGGCUUCGUUUUUUGAUCAAUUGGCUCGUGACUUCGUUGCUUCAACUGAGAUUACCUGGUUCAAACACAGAAGAAGAUGCAGUUCCUCUGGUUCACAUUUAUGGUCCAAAAAUCAAGUACGAAAGGGGUGCAUCUGUGGCGUUUAACAUUCGAGACAGGAUGAUGGGAGUAAUCAGUCCAGAAAUGGUCCAAAAGAUGGCUGAAAGAAAUGGGAUGAGUGUGGGUAUCGGCAUUCUUAGUCAUGUGAAGAUUAUACAGAGCAAGAAGCAAAACAUGGAUGUUGGUGAUACAACAGUUUGCAGACCAAUGGAGAAGGAAGAUGGAGGAGGGUUGGUGAGAGCUGAAGUGGUGACAGUUUCACUUGGCUUUUUGACUAAUUUUGAGGAUGUUUAUAAAAUGUGGGUUUUCGUAGCCAAAUUUCUUGAUCCAUCUCUCAUACGAGAGUAUGAACUUAGACUGUCAUAGAAGGCAAAGAAUCGUGAAGCCCAGGUAUGAUUUCUACAUACAAGUUUCA